UGGGACACGGAGGACAGACAGGGAGGGUGUCUCCGCUGCUGAGGGAGGAUUUUUUCUGUCGUCGUUGCCAAACACACGAGGUGGAAAUACACCGUGAGUUGAAUUUCAGGCUGUGUAGACGCUGGGGAGAACAGAGCCGCGUUUCUGUUCAGAGUUGAGUGUUUUCUCUACAGAUGGCUCAGACUGGUAACUGCUGCAGUCAUUUUGGAAUAUUCACAAUUCUGAGAAUUAUUGUCGCACUGGAACUGGAUCAACUCUCCCAAGUCACCAAUCCUUCCUCAUGAGGAAAGAUGGGGAAUGGAUUGUCAGAACAACCUAGCUUCCUCUCAAACGUGCCGUUCUUCCAGUCGUUUCACAUCGCCAUCCUUGGGCUGGACUCUGCGGGGAAGACCACUGUUCUGUACAGACUGCAGUUCAAUGAGUUUGUGAACACAGUGCCCACUAAGGGCUUCAAUGCGGAGAAGGUGAAAGUGUCCCUGGGCGGCCACAGGACUGUGACGUUCCACUUCUGGGACGUGGGCGGCCAGGAGAAGCUACGCCCCCUGUGGAAGUCGUACACACGAUGCACGGAUGGCAUCAUAUUCGUGGUGGACUCUGUGGAUGCUGAGCGCAUGGAGGAGGCCAAGACGGAGCUCCAUAAAAUCGCCAAGACCUCUGAAAACCAGGGGGUGCCGCUGCUGGUGGUAGCCAACAAACAGGACUUGAGACACUCGUUGGGACUUGCUGAAAUAGAGAAGUUGCUGGCGCUGAAAGAACUGGGCCCCGCGACUCCCUGGCACCUGCAGCCGACCUGCGCCAUCAUCGGUGAUGGACUCAGGGAGGGACUGGAGAGACUCCACGACAUGAUUCUUAAAAGGAGAAAGGUGCAGCGGCAGCAGAAGAAAAAGAGAUAAACUUGUCAUGAUGUGAAAGACUUACCUGCUGUUAUAUGUGAAGGAUAUUCUCCUGGGUGGACACAUGCAUCUGCUGCAGGCCUAGGUUCAAAAUGCUGAGUUUUAUCAGUCCAGAAUUGAGGUUUAGGAUUCGCGGUCUUGGUCUUGUGAUGAUGCUGUUGAUCAGGAAGUGACGCUUAAAAGAAUACAGUAUGAAGAUGAGAAAGUUUCAGACAUGUGUGGAUAUAUUAAAGAGUCUAAAAGGAUUAAAAAGCACUGAGGGUUUGGGGUCUGGAAGGGUGAUAGAAGUUAAGGAUGCUGUAUGUUUCAUGAACGGCUGUUCCAAACAACGCUACCAAAAAUAAUUUAAGAAAAGGCUUUGACUAGUUGAAGGGUUAUUUGGUAAACGAUUGAACAUUGUUACACCAGAGGAGCAAUGAAAUAUACAUCAGUUUUAUUUUACUGUUUUGUAUGUUAUUAUAUCUUGUUAAUUUUUUUUACACUGGACUUUCUCUGUGAAAGAAAAGUAUUAUCAUGCAUUAUUGCAUUAUUAUCAAUUUGCUUGCUGUCUUUUAUCUCUCCUUUUUUUAAAGCACUUUAGAGUAUCACUUCAUAUGAAGUUUACAGUCUUUAGCAUAUUGUGUUGAAUUUUACAGAAACGUUUGGGCAAAAUACAACAGAUGCUACUGUAGUUGGUCGACAUCGGCCACAUUGUCAUUAGACAGUUUAUGCAUUAUGUUUUGCUUAAUAAAACAUAUUUAGAGCGAUGCUGA